AUGCUUGCAUGUCGGCAGUUGGCCCAAGUUCUUGCUGACACCUACUUACACCCAAUUCAGCUUGAUCUUGACAUGAUUCGGUACAAUGAGGCCCUCAACAAACGCUCCACCAGGAGGAUAAACAAACAUGAAGAUACUCUACUUCAAAGAUUUCCUCAUGGUUCUCAUCAAUUGCUGGACAAGCCAACAGUGCUGUUAGAUUCCGGUGGCCGUAUCGUCUUAUGGUACCUUCCAGACGCCAUUAGCCCAUGGAUUCAAGCCGAGAUGGAAGAAGCAACCAUCAGCAUGGGUCAUCUCUUGAAAAACAGCAUGACCGGUGGAGAAGAGACUAAGUGGCACACAUUCCCUGGGAAUUUCUAUAAGAGCGACCAGCGCCCAUUGACCCCAGGAUGCAUCAACAUAGCUCCUUGCUGGUUCCAGCAAGGCUGA